AUGCGAGAAAUCUUAUCCAAACUUCCGGGCGUCUUCAUUCAAGGACUUUACUGCGUCGAUGCCGAUGGCACCGUUAUUUUUGAAAAGAAGUUACCAAAGGAAGCCACCAUUGCUUCUGAGGCCAUUGCUGCCCGCUUCAAUGCUACCAUCAUUGGCAACUAUGAAGAUGCUAUUUACUGCAAUACAGCUGGGGAUCCGCAGCUUUUGGAUGAAGUCAAUUCCUUGUGGGGAGAACCUGUACCAAUCCCAGUAGACUCAUUGGCUAACGAUGGCCCCCAGUUUCACAAACUGGUCUUCAUGUCCAACGACGUGGAUAUGCUUCGUGAUGACAUGAGACCGGAGCUGGAGUUGCUGGCAAAAGAAAAUGGGGCUACUGUGACGACUUCCUUUCCCACAGUUCUUGAAAUUCUCCCAGAAGGUUGUUCCAAGGCCCUGGGAGUCAGAAAGCUGUGUGAAAAGCUUGGGGUAGACCCUGGCAAGGAACUGCUUGCAUUGGGGGAUGCCGAGAAUGACAAGGAAAUGUUAGAAACGGCAUGUAUUGGUGUUGCCAUGGGCAAUGCAAGUCCAGUAGCCAAAGCAGCUGCAGAUAUAGAACUGGUCGAAACGAGUAGCCAAGGAGGAGCAGGCUUGGCAAUGGAACGAUACUCCAAACUAGGAUCUGAAGAAGAUGAUUCUUCCUAA